UGCAGAUGUUGGCAGGUCACGUCACUGUUGCCUCACCCAUGUUGAAGGUCUUAAGCCACUAUAAAUACUUAAAAGCAACAGCAUCUCAUCCUAACUGGUACAAAAUGGUUUGGCUUUUGGCUUUUCUGGCCUGCUUUGGGCUGAUUCAUGCCGAGGUGCCCUUCAACCACAGGGUCCACAAUGAGAGAGUCAUAGGAGGACACAACGCUGAACCAAACACUUGGAAAUGGCAGGUUUCUCUCCAGUACGACUCGAGCUACCAGGAGGCUUACAGCCACAUCUGUGGAGGAACUCUUAUCGAUGCUUUCCAUAUCAUGACGGCAGCUCACUGUAUCCUAAGUUAUGAUCCAAGUCACUUCCGUGUGGUGGUUGGUGAGUAUAACUUGUACGAGUUUGACGGCAGUGAGCAGUUCAUCCGCGUGGAGCAGAUCAUCGUUCAUCCUGGCUGGAAUGGAAACCUUGGCAAUGGAAAUGACAUCGCCCUCAUGAAACUGGUUGAUCCUGUGUAUGACAAUGGCUUUAUAGCCAUUGCUAACCUUCCAUACGAGGGAGAAACGCUGCCUCAUGAUUUCACCUGUCAUGUGACUGGCUGGGGCCUUAUGGACUACUACGGAACUGUCCCUGACAUCCUACAGGAAGCGCCCAUCAAAGUGGUGGAGCACGCAGUGUGUUCAACCCCUGAAUGGUGGGGAAUCAUUGCCCUGGAGAGCAUGGUGUGUGCUGGAGGAGAUGGUGUCAUCUCAGGCUGUCAGGGAGACUCUGGUGGUCCUCUAAACUGCUUGACUGAUGGAGUAUGGAGAGUCCACGGUGUGGUCAGCUACGGUCCAUCUGGUUACUGCAACCAGUUGACCAAACCCACCGUUUUUACCAAAGUCUCUUCCUUCCUGGGCUGGAUCUAUUCAGUUACCUUGGGUUAAUGGAAGUGACGCUGUCCAAAUGGUCAAAUGGAUUUUACAACAAUAAACGCAUUUGUCUUUAAA